UCUUGUAUCUGUAAACUGUCGUGGCCGUAAAAAUUUUGGGAUCCAACUCCGCAAAAUUAAAAUAUACUCACAAAUGCUUUGAAUUACGUACGAUUAUUAUUGACAGUGUUUUUAUUCCAUAUCUAUGAAGAUAUAAGUUUUGAUCUCUGCAAAAUGGACAGUAGUGAAAACUAUCACUCUCCAACAGACACAGAGGAUGAUAUUUAUGUGAAUACAGAAGAUUAUCAUGCAGAGCUGAAAAAUUCAGAUAUCUCUGACCGCAAUGAGCUGAAAGACAAGAAGAAACCAGGAAGGAUCUUCAGAUAUGCUUUUGGUCUCCUCCUAAUACUUGGUGUUUUAUUAACACUCUGUGUUGUAGGGAUCCUUUAUCACAAUAAAGUGGUUUCAUAUGAGAUAUUAAGUGAGCAGUAUUCUAAUGUUACUGAAACACUGAUGAUGCAGGAACAUGAAGCCAAGGAGAUAGAAAAACUGUAUGAAGCACUGAAGGUGAAGCAUCUGCAAGUUCAGGAAAAACUCACUGCAUGCAGUGCAAAUAAAAACAAUGGACAAUGUGAGAAAGGAUGGAAGUCUCUUGGUUUAAAGUGUUACUACUUCUCCACUAAUAAACUGAACUGGACAAAGAGUAGAGAUUACUGUGUGGAGAAAGGAGGCCACCUGGUGAUUAUAACCAGCCAAACUGAACAGGAUUUUGUAGUUUCACAAAUUGGAGAAACACACUGGAUUGGUUUACAUGACUUGGAGACUGAAGGACAGUGGAUGUGGGUGAACAACCAGACCUUAAUGGAGACAGGUGUAACAUUCUGGUAUAGCGCUCCCGGGAGACCUGAUGAGCCUGAUAACUGGAAAGAGGAGGACCCUUCUGGAGAGAACUGUGCUGCUCUGGGUCAUAAUUAUGGUGACACAGAUAAAUGGUUUGAUGCUCACUGUGGUGCAAUCAAAAAGUGCAUCUGUGAAAAGUAAAAGACUUUUCUUUUUACUUACUUACAUUUACUGCAAAUACUUGUUUUUUUUUUUCAACAGAGAACAAUUCUUGGUUGUUGAAUAUGAAUAUUUGAUAUUGUAAAACAGCUAACAUUAAGUUUACCUACAGUUUGUAUUAAAGGUUUAUUUUACCGUAUAGUUGUCAUAGAUAUUGUAUAGCAAACUUUACACCUACUGUAUGUCUUCAUAUUUCAUGUUGAAAAAAAUUCCAACUCAGGCUAGUGAGACGUAAUGAAUUCCAGUUUACUAAUUAAGGUGUUAUUGCUGUCUAGAUAAACAGUUCGCUCCUUUACUAGCAUCUCAACAUAAUAUAACAAUGUAUAGUUUUCCAUAUCUAUGAACAUUUACUAUGUACUUUGUAAUGUUAAGUUGCUUUGAAUAACAUUUAGAAAGCAAUAAGAAUGAAUAAAAAUAUAGAUCUUAAAAAUAUGAUGUAUGGUUUUGUUUUUGUUUUAAAAGAUGAUGACUUGCACUAUGUAAGCAUUCCAGUUCCAGGUUAGUCAUAUUGUGUUUAGGAGGGUAACAAAGGAUG